UUCUUUUGAGGGCAGCUGGUUUUAAAAGAAGGAGGGAAGGUGGCGGCCUCUCUCUAAGGACAUCGCUAUAAUCCCCUGGGAGGCUCUCUGCCCUUUCCCCCUCCCACCAGCCCAGGCGAGCGGGGACCAAGCUUGCUUAUUGUCACCUGACGCUGGGCAGCCACCGAUCCCAUUGGUGGAGCCAGAUUCGGUCUGGCUCUCUCAUUCUCUCCUCCUCUGCCUCUCUCUCUUCCACGCUGCUUUGAUUUCGCUCUUGCCUCUCCUUGCGCUCAGCUGGGAACGUCGCCUCUCCGGGGGCAGCAGCAGUGCUGCGGAGCCAGGCAGGAGCUGCCUGCGGGGCAUGGAAGAAGCCUCCUUGGCAGCCCUGAGCGGACCAAGAGGAGCAAGCCAGCGCUGCUGCCUGUGACCCACGCACCCAGCCGCUGCCCCUCUGCCUGGGGAGCACAUCCGCACAGAGGUCUCUCCCUUCCCUCCCUUCCACGUCUCCCUCUGCAGAGCCUGGUGGAGCCAGGAGCCAAGCCAGAGGGGAGCAUGGAGCUACUGUCCACACCCCACAGCAUCGAGGUCAAUAACAUCACCUGUGACUCCUUCCGCAUCUCCUGGGCCAUGGAGAACAGCGACCUGGAGAGGGUCACCCAUUACUUCAUUGACCUCAACAAGAAGGAGAAUAAGAACUCCAACAAAUUCAAGCACCGGGACGUCCCCACCAAGCUUGUGGCCAAGGCUGUACCACUGCCUAUGACAGUGAGAGGCCACUGGUUCCUAAGUCCCCGCACAGAGUACAGCGUGGCCGUGCAGACUGCUGUGAAGCAGAGCGACGGGGAGUACCUGGUAUCUGGCUGGAGCGAGACAGUGGAGUUCUGCACUGGGGAUUAUGCCAAGGAGCACCUGGCCCAGCUGCAGGAGAAGGCUGAGCAGAUCGCAGGCCGCAUGCUCCGCUUCUCCGUCUUCUACCGCAACCAUCACAAGGAGUACUUCCAGCAUGCCAGGACCCACUGUGGGAACAUGCUGCAGCCUUACCUGAAGGACAACAGCGGCAGCCAUGGCUCCCCGACCAGUGGCAUGCUCCACGGCGUCUUCUUCAGCUGCAACACUGAGUUCAACACGGGCGAGCCCCCACAGGACUCCCCCUACGGCCGCUGGCGCUUCCAGAUCCCGGCCCAGCGCCUUUUCAACCCCAGCACCAACCUGUACUUUGCGGACUUCUACUGUAUGUACACAGCCUACCACUAUGCCAUCCUGGUACUGGCCCCCAAGGGCUCCCUGGGGGACCGAUUCUGCCGUGACCGCCUGCCCCUCCUGGACAUUGCCUGCAACAAAUUCCUAACCUGCAGCGUGGAGGAUGGGCAGCUGGUCUUCCGCCAUGCCCAGGACCUCAUCCUGGAGAUCAUCUACACCGAGCCGGUUGACCUGUCCCUGGGCACCCUGGGGGAGAUCAGUGGGCACCAGCUCAUGAGCCUGUCCACAGCUGAUGCUAAGAAAGACCCCAGUUGCAAGACUUGCAACAUCAGUGUGGGCCGCUAGGGACUUGUGGGGCUAGGGAGAGGUGAUAUGCAGGGUGGCAAUGGAUGGCAUAGGUUCAGGGAGCUGGCCUUCUCUCCCCUGCCCCCCUGCUCCUUCCAUGCCAUCGGUCUCCCCUCCCCCACCCCUUGGCAUUAGAGGCAGCAGAGGCUGGUGGUCCCUUGGCAUGGCCAGCCCAUGCCUGGUGGCCUUGGAAAGGCUUUUUAGCCCUAGUGGUUUGGUGGGAGGGGUUGGAUUUCUGGAGACUUCCCCUUUCCUCUGGUUUCCUUGUCCUGCUGUUUCUCGCUUCAUCCCAGGCCUCCAUGUCAUGGAGACUUGCAGCCUCCGGCUCUGCCAGGGAAGCCUCUCCAGGCUCAAGCCCACAUGUAGCUUGCCUGCCCUAGGCAGUACAGAGAGCAGAGGGGUGCUCUUCCUUAGCCUGCCCACCCCGCUCAGGGCCAACCGCGAACACCCCUCUGUGCUCAGCGUGACUGGAGCUUUAGUCCCCAGGCCUGGCCCUCUCCCUCUAUAAAUAGCCCCCUGCACUGCUGUGCCCCCUGCCGCUCUGUGCCCCACAGCAUCCUCUGCCUGCAUGGGGAGGGCUGUCCUGCCCCUUCCCUACCGGUCCUCUAGAAAGGGGCCCUCUGUUUUCCCUUGGCUUUGGAGGCACCAGGCUAUCGGGAUUUUCCUUUCUUCUAACGGGAGGUGACCCAUACCCCCGAGUCUCUUCUCCCUUGCUCAGAGUGCUGGGGUCUGAAAUGGCAGCCACCCGGGUCUAGGAGGGGGAAGAGACCCCUGAGACCCACAGGUACCCCUUCGUCAGCCGGAAGCGGGAUGCCUCAUGUCCUGAGGGGACUCAGGGUCCGCUGAGCCCUGGCACGCCCCCUGGCUGUGCACUUUGCUGGCUUUCUCUGCCAGGUGCCAUGAGGGCACCAUGCCGGUGUGCAAUCUGGACUGUGGCCUCCCUGCCACUGGCCCCACAACCCCACCACUGGCAUUGUCCAGGCUCCCCCAGAGAGCCCCUUCCCUGGGGAGUUCUUGGUGAAGGCUUUCCUGGGCCCCCCAGCAUUUCACCUGUUUCCUACUUUUGUAUGGGUCACGAGGGUGGUAAGGAUGGACCCCUGAGACAAGCAGGCCAGGUGGGGUGGUGGGGAGAGCUGUCAGUAGGCAGGUACUCUUUGGGGGAUGACCGUGAGGAGGUGAUAUCAUGCAGAGACAGCCAGAUUUCUGUGAUGAAGGACAGAAGGGGCCAGCAGGCCAACAAGGCCAUAUCUCAGUAAGGGGGCAGAUGGGACAGCUGGUGGCCUCUUCUGUAGCCACAGGGAGAGGUGUGAUCAGCUGUUUGUGUGGCAUGGAUCAGGUCUGCGGGCCCUGGGAGAUGCAGGGAGAGGACAUGGGCCUCCAGGCCCUUUAGCCCUGUGCUGACAGUGUUGCUGUGGGGUGGCCCGCUGCCCGCCCCUGGCCCCACCUGCCCUGGGCUCGGGGCACACCUGCCCGUGCUGUGCUUGCAGUGUGUAUCAAUAAACCGCCAUGGCCUGAGA